AUGGCGCUGCCUAUGACGCAACCGGGGAGGACGGUGAUUAUGCGUUGCCGAGGCAAUGCGUUACCGGGGCAAUGUGUUACCGGGACAAUUUGUUACCGGGACAAUUUAUUGCCAGGGCAACGCUCUAUUAAAACCCACACGGGGAAAUCGUUGAGCUGUGCCGCGGACCGUUUAAAGGAACAAAAGCAAAACAAUACGAAGGAAUAAACGAGCAUCACUGGAGCCCACAAGCAUUGUUGGAGCCCACGAGCCAGAGCGGUUGCAAUGUUCAAGAGUAAGCGUAUCAAGAGCACCGUUGCCAACGCGAUAAAGUCGGUGGGCACUGCUGAUCUAUCACAGGGCCUCACAGGCAAGUCCUUUGCGCUUGAUGAUGUUGGUAGGUUUGGUAUAAGCGGCAAGGCCGUUGCGAUGGCAUACGACCCGGUGCAGAGUCUGCUUGCGAUCUCAACAGAUGCUGGG